AUCCUCGCCUGAUCCAGUACGUCAACAACAAUCAUGCUUAUGUGAAUUGCAAUAACCUUUUCAGAGCAGCAGCAAAAAAUGGGCGAAGUUGACCAAAAGGGACCUUUCUCGAAGGAAUACUAGUAAUAAACCCGUCGUAAAUGUGUUUAUUAUCGUCGCACAUCUUCAAUCAGCCGACUACUGUGAAUGGAUUGUACUAUUUUGUUAAUUUAGAUCAGCCUUACGACGCCCAGUCGGCAGCCAUAGCAGGACAUUUGACAUUCGAGGAGACCUUGAUUUGCCAGUGCAAUGGCAGUGUUCAGUCCACAGGUGCUUCUGGCAGUAACAAGAUCAAGGGGAUCUUACCUGCUGUCUAAAAGGCACAGCUGCUGUCCCCUCCCCUCCACUGCUUACGUCCACCACCACCUGGACCCCGCCAGCCACCUGUCACCCCUAACCUCCCUCAGGCACUCCAGGUCUGGCUAUCCUCAGUGUGUUCGGCUCCAUGGCGCCAGACCCCACAGCACCACCCUGCUGGCCAGAUCUCUGCACAGCUCCUGUUUCUGGCUGCAGGGCACCAAGGAGGAUACCAAAGCCCCCGCCACCCCAGCCCAGGAUGACCCCCCAGGGACCCCCAAGAAUGGCCCCUCUGUCCCCGCACCCCAAUCUCCAGCCCCUGCUCCCCCCGCUGCCGUCACUGUAGCGGCUGCAGCUGCCCCUACUGUCCAGGUAGUGAGGAAGUCUAUUGGCCAGAGGGUAGUGGAUGAGCUGAAGCACUACUACAAUGGUUUCAGGCUGCUGGGAAUCGAUACCAAGAUCGCAGGGAGGAUGGUGUGGAGACUGCUGCACGGACAACUGCUCUCACGCAGGGAGAGGAGACGGCUGAUGAGGACAUGUGCUGACCUGUUCCGCCUGCUACCCUUCAUGGUCUUCAUCAUUGUCCCCUUCAUGGAGUUCCUGCUCCCUGUCUUCCUCAAGCUCUUCCCUGAGAUGCUGCCCUCCACCUUCGAGACAGAGACCAAGAAGGUGGAGAAGCAGAAAAAGGGUCUUGCUGCUAAGCUGGAGCUGGCUAAGUUCCUCCAGGAGACCAUAGCAGAGAUGGCCAAGAGGAACAAGACUAAGGCUUUGACCGAGGACGAGACGCAGCGCUUCUCCACCUACGUACAGAAGGUUCGUCACACAGGGGAGCAGCCCACCACUAAGGACAUUGUCAAGUUCUCCAAACUGUUUGAAGACGAGUUGACGCUGGAGCAUCUAGAGCGCCCCCAGCUGGUGGCCCUGUGUAAGCUGCUAGAGCUGCAGCCCAUAGGAACCAAUAACCUCCUCCGCUUCCAGCUGAUGAUGCAGCUGAGAACCAUCAAAGCAGAUGACGAGUUGAUAGCCACUGAGGGUGUGCCUGCUAUGAGUGUGUCAGAGCUACAGGCAGCAUGUCGUAGCAGAGGGAUGAGGUCACUGGGUCUGACCACUGACCAGUUACGUCAGCAGAUGCAACAGUGGUUGGACCUGCACUUGAAGGAGAACGUUCCUCCCUCUCUGCUGCUGCUCUCCAGAGCCAUGUACCUGACUGACGUCAAACCCAUCAUACCCGUCAUACCCCCUGUACCCAAACUAGAGAAGGCCACUCCUCCCCCAGCUGAGAUCCCAGAGGGAAGUGCAGCUUCCUCCUCAGACUUACUGGUAGACCCAGCUCUGGUCAUCAAAGACAGGCCGGCGGAGGAGUUGAGAGACAAGGCUGCCAUCAUCUCAGACAAACCUCCUACCCCUGCCCAGGUCAUCCAGGCUAAAGGAGCAGAGGCGUCCCAGAAGAGCAAGAUGAGCGCCAACGGAGUGUGAGGAGGAGCUAACAGUGAGCAGGACUGCAGGGGCUUGACCACACCACAACCCCGUGUCCUCAUGGGUGCGGGGGCUAGACAAUCAAGCUAAUCGACAACCUAAGGGAUCAGUCAACACAACCACCCAUCUACCCUCCUUAACGCCGCCUCCUCCUGAUUCUAAGAUCCCUUUAUAGCCAAAGGGCUCGGUGUCUGAUGGAGAGAGGGGUCAUAAGGUCAUCACAUAAGAUGUUAAUGCCGUCAGACCAGACGGCAUUAAGAUGGCACUUUUGCUCUCUUUAAUUCUGUCCAUGGAUCAGAGCCCUCUCCUCUCUGGCUACACCUGGAUUGAGGCCGCUGGCAGGCGUUUCAAACGGGACACACACCUCUGCUCUGUCUGUUCAGUCUCUGGUUCUUCUCACCUGCAUCUAUUUGGUUUCAAGUUCAUGCACUCCAUCCAUUGGGUUUCACACUCAAACUGAACAGGACAAUGUAAUGUAAUGAAAACUCUGAAAAGAUUAGGAUGGAUUAGGAUAAUUGUUUUGGGAUCACAGUAACCCAGUGAUGUAACAAAUAUUAUUAUUAUUAUUUUUAUGUCCUUGAAGAGUGGACACCGGCUGGUUGGUUGGUCUGGUGUAACUUUAGUCUGUUUCACUUCAGAUUGUAUUUCGACUCAUUCAUUAGGUGCUGAAGCUGAUUCCUCUUGACUAGAUACACCUCAAAGACGAAAGCAGUGGGUGGCCGCGGUAUGUUAAAGGCUUCCACAUGCUUCCCAGACGAAAGCAGUGGGUGGCCGCGGUAUGUUAAAGGCUUCCACAUGCUUCCCAGACGAAAGCAGUGGGUGGCCGCGGUAUGUUAAAGGCUUCCACAUGCUUCCCAGACGAAAGCAGUGGGUGGCCGCGGUAUGUUAAAGGCUUCCACAUGCUUCCCAGACGAAAGCAGUGGGUGGCCGCGGUAUGUUAAAGGCUUCCACAUGCUUCCCAGACGAAAGCAGUGGGUGGCCGCGGUAUGUUAAAGGCUUCCACAUGCUUCCCAGACGAAACAGUUCGGUAGAGUAUGUGCAUAUAUUAUGCUAACAUUUUGUGAAGCUUUUGUUCGUUUUGGUCAAGCCGAAGUUCGGAGCCGAAGUCUACACCCCUACAUCGGUGAUUGUUCAACAGUAGGGAUUCUCCGAUAAAGUCUUUGUUGUCAAUCAAUUAGAGACGACUCAUCUUCAUUACAUUUUUCUCAUAAAGACAUACUGCGCCAAACAUCUUAGUUAGAUGUACAAUUCCGCAACUAAGAUCUCUUGGGCAAAAACGUCAAAAUGAAUGACAGGUUUCUUGAGUUAUCUUAGAUUAAUUCUGACUUUUGAGGAAGUGUACAGUCAUUUUGAGACUGGCUACGGCGUUUGAUGCUUUUUUUCUUGUUUUUCAAGCAAGUGUAUUUUAAGGGAGUAUGCAAGCACACUCGUUCGGUUAUGCGCCAGCCGAGCUGAAGCAUGCUGACGCCUUUAAGGGUCACCACCUUGGUGUCGAGAAACGGCGGUGAUUCAACAUGUAGAGUUGUUGUGAAGUGAACAGAAAAUUAAGAGCGACAUUUUGGUCAGAGGUGAUUGGACGGCCACCCGCUGCUUUGAAAAGGUGUGUUUUGUCUCUUUGAGUUGGCUGAAUCACCUCCAGAUCAGACUAACAAAAACCACCACCUCUUCCUCUUGUAUAUUUGUAAAUACCCUGUACAAUGUUCAUUGUCUGGUAGAAAAGGUACAACUGCUCUGUCCAGUUGGUUUGCCACUCCCUCAAGCUCUCUCAAAACUAAAGAGUUCUAUGAACUUUUGCCCUCCUAAUAUUUUAUAUUUUGUUUGUUGAAUAUUUCAAUCUUAAGACUGGGCAACACUUCAUUUUAACUUGCCUUUAUACCAUGAAGUUACUCUCUAACUACCCUGGAAACCAGACUGUAAUUGUUCAGAUGUAAAUGGUAAUUGCAUAUAAGGUACAAAACACUAAUGUCUAAAGUAAGGACAUUUUACAAAUUAUGUCCAGAUAGUUAGUGUAGUUACAUUUAAUUACACCAGAAAAUGUAACACGUGGUAUCUAUGCAAUUUAUUGUGAAGUGUCACCCUAUGACUGAAUGAAGUGGCAUUGUGUAGUUGAUUGCAGCUGUAAAUAGUACAUGAACACGGAUUAUUUUUGAUUGUAAGAGUGCGAGAGAGAUCACUCAUUAACACAGAAGAGGCGGUAGUAGCGCCUAAUUAAGCAAUAAAGCCAGAGGAGGUGUGGUAUAUAUGGCCAAUAUACCACGGCUAAGGGCUUUUCUUAAGCAUGACGCAACGCACAGCCCUUUGCCGUGGUAUAUUAGCCAUAUAUCACAAACCCCCAAGGAACCUUAUUGCUAUUAACUGGUUACCAAUGUAUGUGGAGCGGUAAAGAUAAAUAUUUUGUCAUACCCGUGGUAUACGGAGUGAUAUACCACGGCUUUCAGCCAAUCAGCAUUCAAGGCUCAACCACCCAGUUUAAAACUUGAUUAUAAAAACAACCGCCAAUCUGUGGACAAUUAGCUUUUCUAAUGGAAUAUACAGUGUAUAUAUUGUGUUAAUGCUAUGAUAGUACUACCGUUUAUUUACACAUUUAAAAGAAAGAUAAUACUUGACUGCUAUUGGAUAUGAUCCAUACCCACUGUUCCAACAAUACGAAUGAAAUAUCUACAGAGAAAUCUCAAAUAAUGAAUUUGAGCGAAAAUGCAGGAUUUGCAAACUGUUAAAGGAUUGCAUUAGUGUUAUAUUUUAUUUUAGAAUGUGAUUCUCAAAGAGCUUGAAAGAUGGCCCCUAUUUCAUGCUGAAAUGCCUAGUACAUAUCCUGCUUACAUAUAGAGUUAAUGCAACCAUGUGAACGAGAAGGUAUUUGGAAGGUUUACCAUAUAAACACGUGUACUCUACUGUAUAUGCUUUAUGCUUCAGUGUGUGAGAGUGUGUGUUUGGUGUUGGCUUAGCAUUGAGGAAAACCUUACAUUAGGGGAUUACCUUUUUAUGAAUCUCUCCCACAACUCACCAACCAAAUUACAUUGUUUCAUCAUAGUGCAUCUUCCUCUCCUCCCUAUCACCGAUCUGUAUGUGAGUGGAUAAUCGAAAGCAAGAUGUCCACCCUUCUGCUUUGACCAAUCCAACCUUCUCAGAUCUGUUAUUACUUCAAGGGAGUACUAUGGGACCUGGGACACUUCUUUCCAUCCCAACAGUUGAUUUUUUUACUUGGUUUAAGGAUUGUUUAGAAAAGUAAUUUACAGGCAGAAGGUCUGUAACGAGGUGCUUUGUUACCUAUGCUCUCUGUGGAGUGUCUCCUCUGCCCCUUCCGCACGGGCUCUCAUGGAAGAUGUUUACACUGUGUUCCAAAUCCCCUGCCUUGAUUCCUUACCUUGUCUCCUAUCCUUCAUGCCUAUACAUGGGUGAAAGGAAUCCACUGUAUUGCUUACACUGUUACCUUUUUAGGUCCUUUUGGAUCAAUGAUCAUGAAGGAAAUUAGAUUAGGAAAGGAAUGUGGGAGAGAAUUAGGACACAGACUUAGAGACAAACGUAAACACCUGUAUGAACCCUCUCACUCACAUGCCCGAUUCCAAACCCCUACCCCUAGACACUUGUUUGUACAAGCAAUAUAGUGAACAUCACACCUAGGUGGAGCAGCACCACAUUGCUAAGCGGUCGGUGUGUAGGAUUAGGGGUUAGAGUUUGGUGUGGAGUUGGGUAACAUGAACUUACUCCCAAAGGUAUUUCUCAUUGUCACACAGACCUGCGGAGAAAGACAGACAUUGUGGUAUUUCAGUGUGUUGCUGUUGAUAAUUUGUGGUGAAAUUGAGAGUUGAUUUGGUCAGGAGAACUUUAAUGGAACAGUAACUUAUCCAAUCAUUUGAUGGCAGAUAUGGUCAAUGGUCCUACAGUAAGACUUGGGCUUGAAUCAACUUAAUAUAAUAUAUGAUACGCAUUACUAGAACUAGCCACAUAAGUCAUCCAUUGAUAUCAUUGGGAGAUUUGUUUAAAGGUUUGCAUGAUGGACACAUAACUGAGGUUAGGAUUCAGCCUUUCACUCCUUGGACCUACACUGGGGGAAUAAGGAUGAGUGGAAAUGCCCUUUGCAAAUGUGUCCACAGGUAUUGCACUGUAUCAUGUAUUGAUAUGACUAUUACAGACAGUACAAGACCGUGAGGCUGUGUGGAGUUUAUACCUUCUGAAUGAUUGACGUCUGCACCUUUUGUCAUAAUGGAUUCCAUAUAAAGCUCAUAGAUAGAGAACAUACUCUUCUUAAACUUGUUUUCCUUGAAAUUCCCUCAUUUCUCUUCAAACAAGGCUUCUUUUUUCAUAGUUUUUUAUUUCGUUUGGCAAACUCUGGACGUUAUGACUAUGACCUUGCAGGAGAGUGUUUGUGACUGAUGGAUGUUGAUCAGGGAUGGCCAUCCUGCCUAAAGAGCUACUGGGUAUGCAGGCUUUUGAUCCAGGCCAGCUCUACCAUACCUGAUUUAGCUAAUCAAGGUUCUGAUGAUCAGCCGAUGAGUAGAAUGAGGUGUGUGUAAGAGCAGGAAUAGAGCAAAAGCUUGCAUAACCAGUAGCUAUCUGGGAAGAGGGAUGGCUACCUCUGAAAUAGAGGUUACCCCUAACCACAGAUCUAGACUCACCUAUCCCUAACAAUAACCAUUUGGGAGACGAAAACGUAUCUGACCCUGUAUCAGUGGUUAUGGACAACCUCUACCUCCCCCUUUGGUGGCUUUCCUUGUGUAACAGACAUUCUACCUCUCAUGUUUACCCUCCUGUCCACUAAGCUCUGUAAUGGAGGUCAGAAGACACUCAACCACGUACAACAUUGCUACAUGAUUUAACCUGCGUUGAAACAAUACAUCAUUCUACAGUGUCAAAUGUCUGCUUGGGAGAUGAAGUUCAGCAUUACAUUUAUAAAAACCCUUUACACUUGA